AUGGCGUAUCGCACCUCAGCAGACCGUAUCAAUGGUUAUUCCCAUCAGGAAUACAGAUAUGAUGAGUGUGACGACGACCAUGCAUCCUUGUUUGAAGACUCGACCCCACGCAGUAGCUCUCAUCAUUACUACGACACCGAUUCUGUCAACUCCUCCUAUGCUCCAUCCACGGCGUAUUCAAUGAGGUCGGCAUCCACCGCCAUCACAAUUCCGUCCCGCGGUCUGGACCGUCCUACUUUGGAACAACAUAUCAGUCAAGGGCCUCAGGGCCUUUACGACCAGGGCGGUGAUCUAUGGUGCGAAUUACGCGUCGUGGCCGGCUGCGGCGCGAAUUUCUACCUCAACGAGGAGGGCGCCUGGAUCAACCACCACCUCAUGCACUUGAACAACUUGUUCCCCAGCACAGUCGUCUGCUGGUUCUGUGACGACUACCUGUUUUCCGUCAACGAACGAGCACCGCAAGCCGACCGCCAACGAAAUUUCGUUGACCGCAUGCGCCACAUCCACGGCCACAUACAAGGAGAUGAGAGCUUGACCAUAGAGAGCAUGCGGCCUGACUUCAACAUGGCUGAUCACAUGUAUCAAAACCGCUUGAUCAACGAACAAAUGUGGAGAGACUAUAAGAGUUAUACGGAGUUGCCGCCAGCGAUGAGGAUUCCUGGUACUCCAGGGUCGGUGUCAGAUAAUAGCCACCAACAUGGUCAAAGCCACAGCCAAAGCCAAAGGGGACCACAUGGUCCGCUUACUCCUCCGGAGGACGAUGGCUGGUAUCGAUCGCCUCGUGAGUUGGCGCGUGAAGACCGCAUGAGACGCAGAGGGGGAGGUUCCCGCCGGUGA